GUCAAAGUUUCGAUUUUGAUCUUCUCUCUCAUCCUCUGUUUCACUAUCAAUCAUUUUUUUCCCCAAAUAUUUUCGAAUUAACAACUCAAGAUCUUCAAAGUUUACUCUUUUCUUCUCUAUUAGAGGAUGAGCUUAUUCGUAUAGUUAAUGGAUCUAUCAAACCGUCACAACCCUCUCAGGGAUCUGGCCUUUCCUCUGCCGCUGCCGCCACCACCAAUGCCUAUUAUCCACCGUGCUAGCUCAGCGGGAACGAAUUUUCCGAUCAUAAUCGUUGCCGUGAUCGGAAUCUUAGCUACAGCUUUCUUACUUGUUAGCUAUUAUGUUUUCGUUAUCAAAUGCUGUCUCAACUGGCAUAGAAUCGACAUUCUUGGAAGAUUCUCUUUAUCUCGACGGCGACGCAACGAGCAAGAUCCUUUAAUGGUGUACUCUCCAGAGCUCAGGAACCGAGGUCUCGAUGAAUCCGUCAUUAGAGCAAUCCCAAUCUUCAAAUUCAAGGAGAGACAAGAUGGACUAGAGAAGACCUCUCAAGAAUGCUCUGUUUGUUUGAAUGAGUUUCAAGAAGAGGAGAAGCUGAGGAUUAUCCCAAAUUGUUAUCAUUUGUUUCACAUCGAUUGCAUAGAUAUUUGGCUUCAGAACAAUGCCAAUUGCCCUUUGUGUAGAACUAGGGUUUCUUGUGACGUAAGUUUCCCUCCGGAUCGAGUUUCUGCUCUAAGCUCUUCCCCGGAGAAUCAAGUUCUAGACUCGGAUACCACCGUAGUUAGAGGCGAGAAUGAGUAUGUGGUAAUUGAACUAGGUCUAGGGAAUGAUAAUAGCACCAGUAGUGAUCAAGAUAGUCCGAGAGACAGAAGGUUACUUGUGGUUCAAGAAAGGUCAAAUUCGGGUCAUGUAUUAACUGAAAACCCUCAAAAUUCGAUCAGUCCAUCUUCGAGGAAGCUUGACCGAGGUGGGUUUCAGAGAAAAGGAAGAAAGCUUCACAAGGUCACGAGUAUGGGUGACGAAUAUAUUGACAUUAGAAGAGACAAAGACGAGCAGUUUGGUAGUGUUCAACCCAUCAGGAGAUCAAUCUCGAUGGAUUCGUCUGCAGAUCGACAACUUUACAUGGCAGUUCAAGAGGCGAUUUUCCGGAAAAACCAUGAAAUUCUGGUGGUCGGAGACGAAGGACGAUGUUGCAGUAGUAGUGGCAGUGUUAGUAAUCACAGAGUGAAGAGAUCUUUCUUCUCUUUUGGGAGUAGUAGACGUUCUAGAAAUUCUUCCAUAUUGCCACUUUAUUUUGAACCCUAAUGGACGGCUUUGUUUUUUUGUUUUAUUUUUCUUGUUUCUUUCUACAUUUGUUUUUUUUUAUUAUUUUUUCAAUGUUUUUGAGAUGGAUCUUUUUAAUUAUUUGGUCGGUGAGGUAGGAGAGAAAAAUAGGUGUGGGUAGAGAUUUUGAGAAGUCAAAGAGUUGAUGAGUUGUAUUGUGACAUUGAGUAUAUAUUUUGGACUUUUUAAGUUUGAAAAAA